GUGUUUAUCAGACAAAAAUUUUCAGUUGUUUAUUAUGUGCUUCGGCAUUACUGAAAACUAAACACGAUCUAAAUAUUACAUAUUGAAUUAGAAAUUUAAAAAGAAGAAAAAUGAUAUAUCGGUUGAAAAAAUAUUCAAUAAUUAUAAAUAGAUGAAAUUUGACGUUUCUUAAGUUUAAUGAAAAAGAAGAAGAAUAUUAGUAGUUAAGGGGUUAAGUAUUUGUUUUUAAUAAUGAAAAAUAACAAACCAAUUAGUUACUAUAUAUAAUAUAAGUUUGCAAUGAUCGACAAAUAAAUAAUUGUAUUUGUUACAUUUUUACGUAUCUAUAGUGAUAAUAUGCAGAAAGAAAAAGGUUCUCAAGAAAAACCUUUUGCUUGCGAUGUACAAGGAUGUGAUAUGACUUUUACUAAUAAAGAUCAUUUAGAUUGGCACCGAAAAAAACACGAAAUGAUGUUAAAUUUGGGGUUAGUUAAUAAAAUUUCGUCGAACGAUGUGGCAGAUCAAACUCCAACACCAACUAGAUUCAUCAGAAAUUGUGAAGAAAUAGGUUUAUUUCAAGAUUUACAAAAUGUCAAUCCUUUUGACGAAAUCUUCAAGAGAGCAGUUAAAAACGGUGAUACGGUGAUUACACCAUCCAAUAUUAAUAAUAAUUCAGAUGAUACUUUACAUACUCCCCAUAUCAUACCGCACAAUAUUGACAAUAAAUGUUUAAAAAAUAAUAGUGAUUGUGAAGUUUGCCUAAUUCCUGGUACUAGUAACGAUUCCAACUCUUCAGUGAACGUUAGAAAAAAAAUAAAAGAAAACAUUAAAAAUAAAUUAAUUAAAGAUAAGUCACCACCCAUUUUAUCUAAAGGUUUAAUAUAUGAUAAAAAUGAUGAUAAAUCGAGAAAUGGCAUCAACAGCAAAGAAAAUAAAUCAAAAAUUGUAGUCAAUACAAAACUGGAAAAAUUGAGAGAAAUGAACAGAGCCGCUCAAAAUAGAUGUAGGAAGAGGAAAAGGCAAAUGUUGAAGGAAAUGAUGGAACAAUUUGCAAAUUUGAGAAAGGAGAAUGAAAAUUUGAAAAGGGAAUUAAAAGACCUCAAAUUGCUACAUAGUAAAUGUGGAACAGUUACAAAUCAAGGGGCAGUCGUUACAUCCAUCAUUACUGAAGAUUCUAGUCAGCCUAUCCCAACGAAAAUUACGUCGCCAUCUUCACUUCUUAUACAAAUUCUGCCUAUACAUCAAUUGCCUCUGGUAUCACCAGAAACUUCAACAUCACCCAAUUUCAUCAAGCACAAAGACAAAAGCAGACAUCUUAGAAAAAUUGUACCGAACAUUUUGAAGAAAACUAACCAAUAAUUCGAUUAGUUUGUUAAAUUUAGUUUUUUUAUUAGGUAUUAGCAGUAAUUUGCUCGAGAACGUAAUCUAAAUAUUUUCGAUACUAUAAUGAUCACAUUGUAAUGUAAAAUUCAAAUUAUUUAACUAAAGUAUUAACUAUAUUGCACUUCGUUUUUUCUUGGUUCACUAAUUUGUAAAUAAAUGAUCAUGCAAAUUUUUUCCAUAGGAAUUAUGAUUGUUUAAAAGUUUAUUUAAUAUAGUAUUAGGUAUAAUUCAUAGUUUUUGCAGUCCACAUUAUAUGAUUGGAUGAGCAUUUUUAUAUACAUUGUUGCAAUUUUCAUGAGGAUCUUUAAUUUUAAAAUAGUGUAGUCCAUGUUACUCAUAAAAAAUAUAACUUUCCAUUGGUGAAUGUAUUUAUAAAAUUGGUCAAUAUUUUUGUGUUCAACCUUUAAUUUAAUUGAUAGUAUUUUAACGAAUUGGUGUUUUUUUUUAGAAAUGUAUCUUUGAGAAUUUUAUGUAAUAAUUUUGUACUGGAAAAUAUUUUUAGAUAAAUUUGUGAUAACUUAGUUUUUUCUGUAAUAGUAUUUUGUUGUUGUUUUUAGAAACAUUGUUAUUAUGAUCAAUAUUUAAAGUAAGUUUGAUUACUAGUAAAAAAAUUCAAUAAAUAAACCCAUUAA